AUCUUCCCUAACCCCUCUCACAACUCCCUAUCUUCCCGAACCCCUCUCACGCAUGCCCUAAUCACGGUCGCGGGGAGAAGAAGCAAGGAUUCUUCUCGGUGCUAAGGGAGGAGGUUGCGAGGGGGCUUUCUCCAUCACGGUCGCGGGGAAGGCCGAGGUCGGAGAGCCCGCGGCGGAGCACAUGACCUUCACCGUCACGAAGACUUCUGAGGGCUACGUCCGGCCGGCAGAGCCGACGCCUCCGGGAUCGCUGACGCUCGACUGGAUAGGACUAUACCUGACCCACCGCGGCCUCGUCGACUCCCUCCACAUUUACAAGCACGGCCAGAACCCCGCCGAGGUCAUCUGUGUGGCGCUGGCUCGGGCCCUAGUCCCGUACUACCCGAUCGUCGACCGGAUCGUGCAGAUGGAAGGCUGCGAGCCCUGGAUCGAGUGCACCGGGGAGGGCGUCUGGUUCGUGGCCGCCUUCGCCAACUGCAGCCUCGCCGACGUCAACUAUCUGGAGCGCCCCAUGAUGCUCGAGCAAAACGACAUCCUACCCUACACCGAACUCGAGACCAGUCCUGCCAAUACCUUGAUGAUGAUUCAGGUUACUAAGUUCACAUGUGGUGGGUUCCUCAUUGGUCUAAGGUUCAACCACGCAUCCGCAGAUGGCUUAGGAUCGACACAAGUCAUUUCCGCCAUUGGUGACCUUAUAUUCUGAAGAUUGAAAAGGGCUACUAUGGCAAUUCUGAAGGUUAUACACAGUGGUAGGUGUUUUGUCCCAGUCUCAAGCCGUCAAUCCAUUUUGAUCAAUAUAUCUAGUAGAAGUAAGCAUGCAGAUCGUUGUCUUCGAGGCCAACUAGUUAUUUUGUGCUUUUUUUGUUUUAAAUUUGAAUGUCACUAUCUACUUUGAAACAGAAAUAUUCAGUCUUUGUGUAUAGUUGAAUUCUCCUGUAAAUACUAAUACUUUGUAGUUGAAUUCUAUUGUUUUGUA